UACCAUCAGUAAAAAAUCCAACCGAGCAAACAAAACGCGCUGCAAAACCACCCUCUAUUCACGCCUCUCACUGUCAGCCAAUAAAUAUACCGCCUCCUGGUCUGUAUAUAAUAUCUAUAACGACGGCACGCGACCGCAGCCCCUCUCGGAUCCUUAUCUAGCCGAAACGCGAGUAGCUUCGUCGCCUUUUUCUCUCUCGACGCCCCGUCGAUUACAAUACACCACACGUAUAUACACCAGCAUCGCCCCCCUAUUUCACGGAUCGUCUUUCUUUUCCACGAGCUUUCUGCCUCUCGCUGCUAAUUGACGUUAACUCUUAUCGCGUCGACACAUCUCUAGUGGGGAGAGAUUUCGCGCUCUUUUCAUUCGAUUAUUCGCUCCGUCGAUUUUUCGAAAUUUCCUUCGCGAUAAAUUGAAAAAAAGAGAAUAAUGAAAAAAAGUCGACUUUCUCGCACCGCUCUUCCUUUGUGCGCCGCUGACUGGCACCUUAUCUAUCGACGACGUGUGUGUAUGGGUGCCUGUGUAUCCCUCCUAUCGCCCCGACCCAACAUCUCGAUAAUGUUCGAGAAGAGCCGAGCAACCGGACCUCCGACAAUUGGGCCUUUGUCGGGCUACGCUUAUAUUUUUCGAAAAAGCCCGCGAAAUUCAAAAAUCCACAAUCAUCGCUCCAUGAAAUAAACACACCAUAUACAUAUACCUACGCAUUACACACGCGCAGUUAGACAGCGGGUAUAUCCCUCGGCGCACCUGUUGCUCCCGGGAGCAGCAUCGUCCUCCUCGCGCUCAGUCCGCCAUGCGCCGGCUUCGGCCAAUGGGGAGCCGAGAGGGGAGCUGUCGCGAGGGUAUCCCAUUGGCGCUCGAGACUCCCACUAUCUCUCCUGGGCCACCCCUCCACGAGAGAAGCCGAGAGGAUGCACCUCGGAGGUGCCGUGACACGGCCGACUGAUCGAGUCGACGUUGUCCUGCGGCUGGAGGCUGUUGUUGUUGAUGCUGCUGUGGCUGACGACGAUCACGUGGACGGCUGUUUGAAGACAGUGAGACGUUCUUCUUCGGUGAAGAGACAUAAUGAGUGAAUAAUUUAACGACUAAUAGCAGUGUACACAGUGCAAUAAUCGAUAAAAUGAACAUUAUCGAACUGUUCUGAUAGACUACACCGCAGUUUCGAUUACACAACUACUACGACGUGCAAUUACAACCGUAAAUCCUAGAAAAAAAAAUAAUAAAAAUAAAACAGUGUCGAUAUGUCGUCGAAGACGCUGCACAACGAGCACAUAAAGCGGCCGAUGAACGCGUUCAUGGUCUGGUCACGGGGUCAGCGUCGAAAGAUGGCCCAGGAGAACCCGAAGAUGCACAACUCCGAAAUCUCCAAGAGACUCGGCGCCGAGUGGAAGCUCCUCAGCGAAGGCGAGAAACGGCCGUUCAUCGACGAGGCUAAAAGACUGAGAGCCCUGCACAUGAAGGAGCACCCGGACUACAAGUACCGGCCGCGUCGCAAGCCCAAGUCGGUUAUCAAGAAGGAGAACAAGUUCGGCUUCGCGCUGUCACCACUCACGAUGCCGGGGAGUGGGGGUACCGGCGAGCACCACCACCACCACGGCCCCCUCGGAUCGAUAUCACGUGGUCUUCUCCCACCGCUGGGCCCGCCGGGCAUGAACCAUCCGCUUAUAGGUCACGCGGACGAUCUGAAGAUACCCAGGUUUUUCCCGCCGUUUCCGUAUCACCUGUACAACCCGUUGCAGCACAAGAUGGGCGAGGAUAUGGGCGGCGGGAAACUGGCAGCUGAUCUGGCGUUUCAGGCGAUUUAUGGUUCUGGUGGAAGCUUCUACUCUGGGCAUCAGGGCAUGGCGUGGCCUGGUAUCACUGCGCCGAGUUAUCUGCAGGUGAACUGCGGCUGUCCAAGUCCCUCGAAGGACCUGAAGAGGCCGAGCUUCCUUCCGGGAAAGCCAGAGGAUCGAUCCUUCCCUAGUCCAGCCCGUCCCGAGGACGACCGUUUCAGCCUCGAGAGCAAGGACUCCAAGGACUUCCGCAAGUUCAGCGACGACUCCUACGAGACGUCCUGCGUCGAUCGUCAGCCUCACCACCGCGACUCCGUGGACAAGUCCCCGGACCGUUACUCCACCACCUCUUCGUCGUCUCCCAUCGUCGUCGAGCGAACCGAGUCCAAACCUUGCCUAGUAGUACCACCAAGCACCAGCAGCUCCUCUCCGAAACCACCGACAACGACGAGUAACAACAACCUGAGCAACUUCUCGGUACAGAGCUUAGCCUCGAGCUCGCCUCGGUCGCACGUCAUAUGAAGGCCGCUCCCGGUUCUCCCGGAUCUCAACUUCCGGGGGAACCUCGUCUCGAACUGGUCGAGCGACUGGUGGCGCGGAGCCGUCCAGGUGCCAGGUAUGCUCUCGCCCAUACCUGCCCAGGUCACCGCCACGAAUCUAAGCACCUCGUCCACCACCUUGUCGGACUCGUCGCCCGGCUCGAGCAACAACCCGAUGCAGCUCACCAGUGCCGCGGGGAGGAGCAGAGACUUCGAGGAGGAGACGGGAGUGAGAAACCUAGCCAGAACCAGGCCAUCGUCGGUUGCAAGCGUUCAGUAAAUACGUAUGUACACGAUCGAAAAGCCGCAUUUCCAUUACUGCACGUUAUACACACACGUGUAAAAGGACGAGCGAACGGAUCCAAUUUUUAUUCAAAUUACGCGCGCGCGAACGUAUCCUCUCAAACGAGUCAUCGAACGCGAGGAGCUCUCUCUCUCUCUCUCUCUCUCUCUCUCUCUCUCUCUCUCACGGGAAAUAAAGGCAAAAGGAGUGAAGGAAAAGCGCACGUAUAUCGGCGACAAUUUUUUGGUCGUUAAGCACGAAAAUGAGUCUCUGCACUUUCCUCGCCUGCGCGCGCAUAUAUCGAGAAUAAAAAUUGCAUUUUCCCGCCCAUCAAAAGAAGCACGGCAAAGCUCUUGCGCGGAUGGAAAAAGAAGCGAAAAAAGUGUCUCGGCACUCGAAUUACACAUACAUUCGCGCUCAGAGGCGAAUCGAUAUGCGAAAUCCCUACAAAGCUAACAGACACACACGGUCCAAUUUUGACGAGGAGAGAGCGAGAGGGAUAUAACCAAAACAUAUUAUGCUCGCGCUUAAACUAUCCCCGGACUUAUUUUCCCCAUUAGAAAGAGAUAGAGAAAAAAGCUCUUGCAAAUCUGCGCGCCUCCUUUGCCGAGCGACCAUGCGAAAUAAGCCCGGAAGCGUGUGUAGUAUGCGUGGAAAAAUUGCGCCGACGGUAUCUCGUAUUGGAUUUCUUUUUUUCUUUUUUUGCAGAGGGGACGAACAAUCGUGAGAGAGGAAACGUUUUUCUUGCGGGUGUAGACAAAUGCUUAUCCUAAUUUUUAAAUUUCGAACGUUGUAUCGCAGACCUGAAUUCCGUGUACAAAUUUUGCGACGCAGAAAUGAUUAACGCACCGAUGGACGCGAGAUAUAGAAUAAUUGUGUACAUUAUAUAUAAUUACGUAACGAGAUAUGACACUUACUUGAUAAGCCCUAGCAAUGAAGCGUAACGAUAUAUAUCGUUUAGAACUUUCUUACCGAAGUUUGUAUAUUUGUUUAUAUGUUAUGCAUUUUGCGUUUAUUUCUCGUAGAUGUACAUUUAAUGAGAGAUGAAAAUCAAUUAUAUGUUCUUGUUUUCGAUGUUACGUUACAUGAUUCUCGAUUGGUUGAAAAAUUAUGGCAUGAGUGUAUGAGAAAAUGAAAAAUUUGUAAAGUAGUCCAAGUUCUGUGAUCUACAAUAAAACAUUAUCGUAGCAAACAAAAACAAAUAAAUCGACUGUAUAAAAUUAUGUAACAGGCGAUAAUUUUUCUCUCUACUGUAAAAUUUCGAAGUAAAAAAAAAGAAACAAUCAUCCUUCUAGACUAAAUCGACAUUUCGUAACCGCGUAAACACGAAGCAGAGAGACGAAAUUGUAGUCGAGCACGUAGUGUUGUGUCAUUAUCGCAAGUAUUAUGAGAGAGAAAAAGAAAAUAGCGUAGCUGCAUUUAUCACAUGUUCGCGUUAUUAUGGCCUAGUCUGCAAUUCUGUAUGGAUUCGUAUACUCAACACACAGACACUAAAAUAGAAGCAGAAAGAAGAAGAAAAAAUCUUAUUGUUAAAUGUCACUCGUGACGUUCCUCUGUAAUAUAAAAAAAUGACAUUUGUAAAUAAAUUUUAAAUCAAACUAUA